AUGGGUAGCGAUUACUACGAGACGCUGGAAAUAAACAGAAAUGCAACCGACGCAGUUAUCAAAAAGGCAUAUCGACGUCUUGCAUUGAAGUUUCAUCCGAUCAGGAACAGAGAAUCUGGAAGCUCAGAGACAUUCACUGAACUGGGUGAAGCCUACGACGUGUUGAGCGACCCUCGAAAAAAGGCAACCUAUGACAAGUUUGGUGAGGAGGGUCUCAAAGGUGGUAUCCCACCUGAGUUUGGCAGCAGUGGGGCUUGGUCAUCUAAAUAUGUCUACCAUGGGAACCCAGACAAAACAUUCAAAGAGUUUUUUGGAGGAGACAACCCAUUUGCAGACUUCUUUACAAAUGAUACACCACUUCAGUUCGGCGGCCUCCAACCAGGAGUGGUGAAAACACAAGAUCCUCAAAUAGAGCGAGACAUUCAUUUGUCCCUGGAUGAUCUCUUCCACGGAUGCACAAAAAAGAUUAAGAUAUCUCGCAGGGUUAUGAAUGAGGAUGGAUACACGUCCAGUAUCAAAGACAAGAUCCUGACUAUAGAUGUGAAGCCUGGAUGGAGAGAAGGAACGAAAAUUAUUUUCCCCAAAGAGGGAGAUCAGGGACCAAACAGCAUCCCUGCAGAUAUUGUGUUCAUAGUGCGACAGAAGAGUCAUCCUCUGUUUGCUAGAGAGAACAAUGACCUGAUCUACAAGGCACAAAUCACUCUGCAGAUGGCCUUGACUGGGUUAUCUGUGGAUGUGCAGACACUAGAUGGCAGGCUAAUCAGUAUUCCCAUCAAUGACAUUGUGGACCCUUCAUACAACAAAGUGGUGACGGGAGAGGGAAUGCCGCUGGCCAAGGAUCCUUCCCAGAGGGGAAACCUCAUCAUAACUUUUGACAUCCAGUUUCCCAAGAAGCUCUCAACCGAGAGGAAGCAUCUGAUCAAACAAGCUCUAGCUUUUUAAAACUGAUCAGAUUAUAAUA